UUAUGAACUUUAAAAUGCUUAACAGUCAACUUGGGCAGGAACUCAGUGACUCUUCAAGGUCUGACACUAGCCAUCAGCCUGAGAAGGAGGUCAAAAUGGUCUCUAUUAGUCAAGAUAUCCUCAUAGAAAUUCUGGAAGAAAACAAGUUCCUGAAAGCCAAGGUUUCUCGGCUUGAGAAAUCUCUACUCUCCAUGAAAAAUUUUCAGAUCAUGAACCCGCAAGAACAGAUUUUUGAUGUAGAUAGGAAGAAAAUCCGGAAUUUGCAGAAAAUCAGGGAUGAAAUUAAUGAUGAGAAUGUUAGCCAAAAUUAUGAAAGAAGCGAGGAUGAGACUACUUGCAGUAGGAAAAUGUUCAAAAGAAUGUCUCCCAAAAUUCUUAAUGUGAGUACCUCAAUGAACACUGAGAGGAUUGCUCUACAUACAGCUAAGAACUCGCUCAAGCAUUGUAAAAACCAUUUGAAUAUGAUCAAUCGAGAAAAACAGAAGUUCAAGAACCAACUGCAUAAAUUGAAGAAGUUGAGCAGGAGUCAGGAAAGGAUGAUCAAUAGCAUGAGAGCAUGCAAUCAGCUGUACUAUUAACAUUUUCAAUAAUUCAAUCUCUGUUC